AGCACAUGUCAAAAAGAUCCAACGGCUCAUAUUCACCGACAAUCCAAUCCCUUUGUAAAAAAGCCACACGAAAAUUAAAACACAUAACCCAAGAAGCAGAAGAGAUACCGAGCAGAACAGAGCAGAAGACAACAAGAAUGGCUUCCUCGAUACUAAUGUCCUUUGCUCCGGCCACCGUAAGAUGCUUCGCCACGGGGGCUAAGGGAACCACCAACACCACCACCACGAAAGAAGAGAAAAGUAUCAUUGACUUCGUUCUUGGCAGUUUGACCAAGCAAGAUCAGUUUUACGAGACCGAUCCUCUCCUCAAGAAGGUGGACGAUAAAGAAGGAACCACCGGAGGCAACGGUGGCCGUAAAACGGUUUCAGGUGGCAAGAACUCGCUGGCAGUGCCACAGAAGAAGAACGGUGGUGGCUUCGGUGGUCUCUUUGCCAAGAAAUGAGAAAAAUAGUAAAAAUGUGUGUAAUCUGUGUACUCUGCAUUUCAAAAGUCUAAUUGUUGACUCCUUGUACGUCAAUAUCAUCAUAAAAAAAAGCUUCCAGUUCU